AACAGCAACGAAACCCAACAGGUUUAGAGAUAGAUUCCCUUCUAAUCGCGGACAGCUCACUAGCUGGAGGAAAAAUAAUUUCCAUAUCCAUAUUUCUUCAUAUUCGAACUCUAGCAAAAAUGGCGUCCUACGGAAUGUCGUCUCAGGCACUAUACCCUCUUCCUGGAAACCCACCUCCGAGACUCAUUUCUCCCCCAGUUGCAGUCUCCUCAUUCCGACCCGAGGUGGACAAAAAUUCCACUUGGGUUUGUGCAAGGAUUCCGAUUUCUGGCCUUCCUUAUACAUAUCAUCAACAUAAUUCAUUGUCACUUCGCGACUUCCACUGUACUGCUAGAAAUUUUGCUCCGCUUCAAGAAAAUUAUAAAGUUAAAUCUGCGAAUCCCUGCAAUCCGACAUUAACAAGGGCUUCAAUGGACAGUAAGAAAGCAGAGACAAUUGGGCAUUCUCAGGCAGAACCCCAAUCCAUGAAGGUUCUAUUUGUCGAGAUGGGUGUUGGUUAUGAUCAGCACGGACAAGAUAUUACUGCAGCAGCUAUGCGUGCAUGCAGAGAUGCAAUCAGCUCUAACUCAAUCCCAGCAUUUCGGACAGGUGCUGUUCCAGGCGUCAAUUUUGAUCAGAUGAAGUUGAAAAUAAAACUAGGUGUUCCUCAGUCCACACAGGGAUCUCUUGACAUUGAGAGAGUGAAAUCUGUCUUUCCAUAUGGCAAUAUUGUAAGUGUUGAGGUAGUAGAUGGCGGGUUGUUGUGCUCGAGUGGAGUUUGCUUGGAAUCCAUGGGGGAUAAAAAUGACGACUGUUACAUAGUUAAUGCUGCAGUAUAUGUAGGCUAUUAAAUUUUGGUUUACACCACGUGACAUGUACAUGGCCCUGACUUCCCGACUUCACAUUCAACAGGGUACUUGAGCUAAAGUCAAAUAAAGAAAGCAUUUAAUUGCUGUACAAUGGUUGUUUAACAUGCGCCAGAAAUACUUGAGAAAAAUGCAUUGCUUGUCCUGAAUUCUUUGGCAAUUUUUGUGAAAUGGCAGAUGGUUAUGCUCAUACAUGUUCCAAUAAGAUUAUUCCUACACUGGUAAUCCAAAUUCAAAUUACAUUCUAUACCUGAACUUGGUAUUAGUAUAGGUUGAUUCUUAAAUGUGGUAUUCAAGAUAAGUGGAAAUCUAUUAACAUCUUUGAAUUUUA